AUUUGCGAAACGGCGAUCAAUUUCCGAACUGCAGUUCUCGUAAAGGACUGAAAUUUGCCUCGAAACAGAUCGUUCGUCGCGAAUCUGACUUCACACAGAAAAUCUAAUAUAGGGGAUAAUUUUUUAAGGAGAGAAUCUUACUAUGACAGGUUUCAGCAUUUCUUCAACCUUGUCCACUGAAAACUUCUCGACGACUAUCAGUGGAACAGUAGAGUCAAAGGGUGUGGAAGUAGUUAAGAGCACGCUUUAUGCGACUUGUGGUGUCUUUGGUGUUGUCGGUAACAUCCUAACGACAAUUAUCUUGACGAAGAUCAAGGCGAAGGAAACGAGAGUAAUGGAUUUCUACAUGAUUAACUUAGCCAUAGCGGAUUUAGGAACUUUGCUCUUGGCAUUUCCAAUUACCGCGAUACGAGAGAGACUUCCGAAUGAUUGGCCAUUUGGAGAGUUUGUCUGCUUGUACUUCCUUCCACUUACCGACAUAUUUCACGGCUCGUCUGUUUGGUUCAUUACAGCAGCUGCCAUAGAAAGAUAUCAGAAAAUUGCCAGGCCUUCCAAAGUAAACGUCAAACUGCCAAUAGCAUUGAAAAGAGCACAGAUCGUUGCAGUGAGCACAUGGGUGGCGUCAUUCGUCGUCUUUUCAUUACCGCUAUAUUUUGUUCUUCGCUACAGAGAGGUUUCUACCGAUGGAAGAUUUUGGUGUGGUUCAGAGUGGCCUUCAUUAGGCGCAGGCCUCGCUCUAUCCAAACUUUACUUUACUUUCAUCAUCUUUGUAUCUUAUGUAAUGCCACUAUUUGUAAUAUCGGGAACAUUCCUCGCAGUGUCGCACAAACUAAAUAAAAGCAGCAAGUUUAUCCACGCUAUCAAUUCGCAACAUGAGAAAGACAGUGAAUUACUAAACUUACACAGUAGAAAGUUUAGCCCAACAAGAAGGCAUGCCAAUCGGCUCGCUCAAAACAGACGCGCUAAAUUGAUUUUAACACCAGUUGUUGGAGUGUUUGCUGUAUUCAUGCUUCCGCUGACAAUUCUUCGCCUAUGCGUUGUAUUUUGGCCCCCUAUUUUCACACAAACAUUUUACAGCGACUUGCUGUUUGUGGUUUCAGUUGGUGUUAUAAUCAACUCGUCUGUAAACCCGGCUAUAUACUCGGUGGUUAGGAAAGACUUCCGCCGCCAAAUGGUCCGAUUACUUUGCUGGAAGAGAAGAUCAUCGCGGGGCCAGAAGCGUAAUCGAGCUCUUGUUUCUGUCAAAUUGGAUCUCAAUCGGCUUUCUCGUUCUUGAAUCAGAGAUAAAACAAAUUCGCGUUUAACUCGAAGAGGUACAUUCAGCUGCUUUAAGAAUUAAUUUGUUUAUUUUAGCACGUUUUCGAUUGACGUUGUUUAUCGAGUGUAUUUUAUAAAAUAGCCAACGUUAUAUAGUAUAGUUGUUUUAAAAGCAUUCGUCAUAUGUUACAAACAAGAAUUCAGUAUAAAUCUUUCACAUUUAUAAACUACUAGGAUUUGAUCUGAAAUAAAGGUGUUUAUCCGAAUGACAAAGUUGUGCAUUCAGCAUAUAGUUUCACGACAAAUUACCUUACAAAGCCGGGGGAGAUUGACAUUGUCAGCCCAGACGUGCUUUACCAAGUUGAACCGGUAUUGAGUACUUUUGAAAACGUAUACAGAGAAGUCGAAUCUAAAUAUAGAAGGGUUAAAAAGCAGCAAGAAACAUUUACCGACACACUUAUUGAAUCGGCGUCAGGAGAAUUGCUAGCAAAGAAUCAAGUAAUCGGUGACGAAGCCAAAGCUAAUUUUUUAAAAUGCGCAGAACAGUUCGCCAUUUAUCAGAAAUCAUUCGCAACUGAAAAGCCGCUGUUUAAACACGAAGCACUUGAAGCAAUGACGUCAGCAGUAAUAACAAAAAUGACCGAUGUUUUGAGUUCGCAAAAGUACGCAAGCCACGGGCUAGAGAAAUUGUCAGUUUCUACGUGGUAUGGUGUUAGAAAGUCUUGCGCAACUUGGAGGCACGAGUUUCAGUAUUGGAUGAAUAAGUAUAAACAAGACAAAGAUGAACAAUCGUAAAGGCUUCGGAAAGCAUUACCCACCCAGGCAAAAACUCGUGUUGGUCGGAUCAAGUAAGGCCGUGCAAAACGAUUGAACAGGCGUAAAAAAUUCCCGACACCGAAUUUGGAGAUCAAACGAAAUUAAUUGAUACGCUCUUAACCGAAAUUACAAAUCUUAAGCCAGUAAAGUGCGACCCGAAAUCGCUUUCUCGCUACGCGGCUAGAAUUCUUUGUUCGUAAGCAACAUGGAUCAAAACAGCUGCGCAGUGACAAGUGCCUUAGAAGCACCCUUUGUGAUGUCUCAGCUUUUAUCAAAGCUAGAUCCAAAAGAUAACAUUGACUUUGGCCGAGAAAUGCAACGCGUGAAAAAUGAAGAGAACGUUCUGAACCUAAUAGAUUGGUUAAACAAGGAAGCAAGCUUGCGAUCUCGCGUCAAAAGGGAUACCUGCAACGACACAGAAGAUCGCCGAUUUCAAAAUCAGCGAAGUCAGUCGGAUAAUCACUCCACGAACAGUGAAAUGCCCGAUGAUGAAAUUUGUCUAGUAGGUUGCGAAGCAAAGCAUUUACUUUCUGCAUGUCCAGUGUUCCAAAAAUCAACAGUAGACCAGAGAAAAAAACCAGCCAUUUCGUUCCAAUUCUACCGCAUUCAUUUUAGCGACUCGUUCAGUAUACGCAAGAAUUAGAUGUGAACAAACCACUGCAUUCGAACUAUUGAAAUUGUUACAAUAAAUCUUUGCUUCUUCUGAUGCGAAUCAACAUUGGUACGAAACGUCAUAACAAUAGUAGAGACUACUGCGUCCAAUCACAAAAAUAACUCAGUCUGAUUUUCUAAAACAAUAACAUUAAACAGUUUUUGAACAAGAACAAAGAGACUACUCGAAUUACAAGUCGUUCGUAAAGCCUAUGAUAAGUAAAAAUGUUUCUAUUCUGAACUAUUGGAACUCUCAGCUUAUUUUCAGAUGCAAAUAAACAUUAAUGUCAACGUCUUAACAAAAGUGGAGACUAUUACAUUGAACUCAAUCUUAUUUUCUAAUUUUAACGGUUAUUAACUGUUGAGGGAUCCGAAAUAACACCUUAACAAUUACGAAGACGUCUAGAGUCUGGCAAUCUGCAGAUAAUGCAGAGCCACUCGCCCUCCGGGGCAGUCUUAAAUCCCUAGCAGCUCAUGUGUAACCUUUCCUCGCACAACUCUCACUUCACCAUGUAGUCCCAACACUCGGGCAUUGCACAAUGACGAAAUAAAUUAGUGUCACAAGUUUGCCUCUUAUUGAAUCUAGCGGUGUUCGACUAUCGCGGAAAAGGUUCAAAAACGACUUCUCUCCAGACAUCAAAUUAAAUUCUUGCCCAUUUUCCCUUGGUCAAAAGAAACAUCCGACGGAAUGCCAGUUCGUAUUAACGAUACGCAUAUUUUGAAUUAAAAACAUACUUUAGUACGCACUGGAACGUAAAGUAUCAUCCAUUUUUACUAUAACGUUAAGGAUGAUGUUUUCACUCAGUUUUGUUGGGGGGUCCAAAUCCGCGGAGGGGGGUCCAAAUCCGCCAGCGGAUUUGGUCACAUGUGAUCUAUGACUGAAAAAAAAAAACAGCAACAUGAAAUAUAUUUGUUAAGUAAACUAUCUUUUUUGGCCUUCAGCUCAAUAAUAAACACUAUGAACCACCACCUGACUUGAUCCAUUGUAAAGAUAUAAUGUCGGGAUUCUCUUUUUAACUUACAUUACCAAACUCUUAAAAUUUUGUUAUCAGUAAAACGAGGACAAAAAGUUCUUAUGAAAAGCCUUUUUAAAAGUGAAGUGUUUUGUUACAUUCAGAUUGCAAGUCAUACUGCAACGCAACGUUUUAUCAAAUAUAAUGAAUUCAUAUUAAACAAUGUCCAAGUACAAAGCUUUCUACUUCAUUGUUCCUGUCGGUCAGUGUUUUUUGACCUUGAUUUUAUCAGUACAAACCUGAGGAACAGGUGGCUUCGCUAAAACUUUAGGUUUCAUUCAGGUGGUCUCGCUUUAAUAUAUGGUAUAGAUGGUAUAGUUUACUGAGGUUUAUAUAAUAGUAACAUUCACUCUUGUUCAGCAAGUUAUAUAUAUUAAUAGUAUGAAUACAUGUCAAAGACCUUUUCGUAGAAAACUUACUGUUCUAGAUUCUCUUCCUAAAAGCCCUACAGCCUCUCUAUAUUAUGUUUUUUUUGCGCGACACUUCAAAGUAAAAAUUGUUUAGCAAAACUUGGCAGUGAAAACUCCAGUGACUCUAAGUUGUUAAAAAACAGAUAAAAUAAUUUUGAUGAUAAAAAAAAAAGAACGUUGUAUUCCUAUUCCUCCACUUUUUUCGAUGACAAGCUGUGUAUGUUAUUGCAUUUCCAUAUGUCAUACUAUGAACGAUCGACAAUUGUUGGUUUCGUUUUAUUCUAAAUUUCAAUUCAGUCAACUUUGUUUAAAAACAACAUGCCAUCUGAGGUUGAAUUAAAGUUUCCUCGUGUUUCAUCGCCUUUAAAGUUUUUUCCAAUCGAACACAUUUUUGUAACAAUUAAAACAAAGCAAACUUUAUUGCUGUAACUUUUUGUUUAAAACCAAUUACAACGCGUGUGACAUUAUCCACUACUAUUUGAAUAUCAUCAUAAACAAUGGAGUUUUGUGUGCAUAUUUCAAAAGAUCCUUAAGAAACCACGGGUUACACAGAAAUGCUGCAGUUUCACCGGAUCCAACAAGGCUGCAAGAUAUGUUCCAAUGUGGGUAUUUGUUCAACCUUGUUAAAGCUUCAAAGAGUUUAACUACCAAACUCCAAUUAUUCGCGAAACGGCGAUCGAUUUCCGAACUGCAGUUCUCGUAAAGGACCGAAAUUUGCCUCGAAACAGAUCGUUCGUCGCUAGCCUGACUUCAAACAGAAAACCUAAUUGAUAGGCGAUAAUUUAUUAAGAAGAGAAUCUUACUAUGAAAGGUUUCAGCAACUUUUCAACUUUGUCCACUGAAAACUUCUCGACGACUAUCAAUGGAAGCACAAGCAGUGGCGAGGCAAUAGAGUCGCAGGGUAUGGAAAUAGUUAAGAGCACGCUUUAUGCGACUUGUGGUGUCUUUGGUGUUGUCGGUAACAUCCUAACGACAAUUAUCUUGACGAAGAUCAAGGCGAAGGAAACGAGAGUAAUGGAUUUCUACAUGAUUAACUUAGCCAUAGCGGAUUUAGGAACUUUGCUCUUGGCAUUUCCAAUUACCGCGAUACGAGAGAGACUUCCGAAUGAUUGGCCAUUUGGAGAGUUUGUCUGCUUGUACUUCCUUCCACUUACCGACAUAUUUCACGGCUCGUCCGUUUGGUUCAUUACAGCAGCUGCCAUAGAAAGAUAUCAGAAAAUUGCCAGGCCUUCCAAAGUAAACGUCAAACUGCCAAUAGCAUUGAAAAGAGCACAGAUCGUUGCAGUGAGCACAUGGGUGGCGUCAUUCGUCGUCUUUUCAUUACCGCUCUAUUUUCUUAUACGCUACAGAGAGGUUUCUACUAGUGGAAGAUUUUGGUGUGGUUCAGAGUGGCCUUCAUUAGGCACAGGCCUUGCUCUAUCCAAACUUUACUUUACUUUCAUCAUCUUUGUAUCUUAUGUAAUGCCACUCCUUGCAAUAUCGGGAACAUUCCUCGCAGUGUCGCACAAACUAAAUAAAAGCAGCAAGUUUAUCCACGCUAUCAAUUCGCAACAUGAGAAAGACAAUGAAUUAGGAAACUUACACGGUAGAAAAUUUAGCCCAACAAGAAGGCAUGCUAUUCGGCUCGCUCAAAACAGACGCGCUAAAAUGAUUUUAACACCAGUUGUUGGAGUGUUUGCUGUAUUCAUGCUUCCGCUGAAUAUUCUUCGCCUAUGCGUUGUAUUUUGGCCCCCUUUUUUCAAACAAACAUUUUACAGCGACUUGCUGUUUGUGGUUUCAGUUGGUGUUAUAAUCAACUCGUCUGUAAACCCGGCUAUAUACUCGGUGGUUAGGAAAGACUUCCGCCGCCAAAUGGUCCGAUUACUUUGCUGGAAGAGAAGAUCAUCGCGGGGCCAGAAGCGUAAUCGAGCUCUUGUUUCUGUCAAAUUGGAUCUCAAUCGGCUUUCUCGUUCUUGAAUCAGAGAUAAAACAAAUUCGCGUUUAACUCGAAGAGGUACAUUCAGCUGCUUUAAGAAUUAAUUUGUUUAUUUUUUAUUUUAGCACGUUUUCGAUUGACGUUGUUUAUGGAGUGUAUUUUAUAAAAUAGCCAACGUUAUAUAGUAUAGUUGUUUUAAAAGCAUUCGUCAUAUGUUACAAACAAGAAUUCAGCGUAACUCUUUCAUAUUUAUAAACUACUAGGAUUUGAUCUGAAAUAAAGGUGUUUAUCCGAAUGACAAAGUUGUGCAUUCAGCAUAUAGUUUCGCGACAAAUUACCUUACAAAGCCGGAGGAGAUUGACAUUGUUAGCUCAGCACGAAAUCGUAACUUUCUCUGCCCGACAGUGUAACCUUGGGUAGGGGCCGGGAUAACUAGAAGCCUUCAAGCCAUUUACAUGUAGUUUUAAUACAUCAAUAAUUGUAUGGCACCAACUAAGGAAAACUCUUUAAAUCGACUGCAUUUCACAAAUUUUAAACUUCAAACAAUUCUAUUUUCUCGCAUACACCCAUCAUUAACUCAUCCAUAUUUUCAACUGGAUAAAUUUUGAUGUCACCCUUCGGGUAUUUCCUCUCUAACGUCUUGCACCAAAGAAGGGAAAAUGGCAAAAGUCAGAAAUGGAGUAAAUAUUUAUUUACUGUUAACAAGAUGCGUGACUUGAUGCAGGUGUUUUCUCGGCUAGAUUUUUGUUUCUUUUUCUUUUUCCUUAAAAAAGGAUUUCUUUCUUUUUACGGAGCACUAGUCAGGUGUCUUCGCUGCAAUGCUAACACACACAGCUCGAUGUUAGGUCAGAGAUCUCCCAUUGGGUUUAUACGUCGCCGUGUAAAAUAUUGAUCGUUGAAAGCUUCGGGGAAAAUUAUGUAAUCAUUGAUCAUUAGAGUAAACUAAACAUGGUGAGAUCAAAAUUGAUGCCAGUCGUCGGUCUUCCGUCUUGUGAUGAAUGGCUACGAAAAACAACAUAUUUACAAAUACAGUUGUAUUACAACAGGACUUUUGACUUGUAAGAGUCUUAAAUAGGGGAGAAUAAGGGAAAAGGCAUCGAUUACAGAUGAAGUUUUUCAAUACUAACCUCUUCUGAGUAGAUGAAAAUGUAUUAAUAAAUGAUUUUGCCACAUGCGUCAUUUAAAGGGGAGAAUUGUAUUUUUCCUUUCGAAGUAAGAACUACAUCAUGGACUACUUUCAUAUUCUGAAUACUGUUCGGUCUUUCAUUUCAAUCUUAUUUCAAAUCUCAUUUAUUUCUGCCUAUGUUCGCGGGUUUGUGUUCUCUGUUCCCACGUAGAUUUGAUUUAUGUCAAUGUUUUGUUCCUUUUAUAAGGCAAUACACUAUAAAGUUGAAACCAAAGGAUUUUAAUCUCUGGGUUAAAACGGACUCAAAGUGAGGAGGAGAAGGGAGAUGGGAUGAUAUACUCUAGAGGGGACUGGAUCACAUACAUCAUUCGGGUGCACUGAAAACCAAAAAGAAACAACAAAAAUACAAAAGAUUACCGAGCACCAAAGGACUGGUGUUAGCUGCCUAAGAACUGGGGAGAUGCAAGCUCCGGAAUAUUUUGUUUGUUCUGCCUAUGCGCUCAGAAAUUAGUUUGGUCACGUAUAAUAAGGACUAGUUUCGUAAAACAAAAAAUGGGAAAAUGUUAAUUAAUUAGGAGGUGCUAUUUUAUCAUAUCUUUGAGUUACGUUGACGUUUCGAUAAAAAGCGGGAUGUGAUUGGUUAGAACAGCAGUUCCAAACAAUGGAAAGCUACAGAAUGAAUGAAUUUUUGCUGCACCUCGUGUGCCACGUUUUUUUUUACCACAUUUUAACGUCACAUGUUAUCCAUGACUAACAAAACACAGCAACAUGAAAUAUAUAUAUGAAGUAAACCAUUUUUUUUUUGCCUUCAGUUCAAUAGUAAACACUAUGAACCACCACAGGACUUUAUCCCCUGUAAAGAUUUAAUGCUGGGAUUCUCUUUUUUAACUUACAUCACCAAACUUUUUGAAUUUUUCUAUCAGUAAAACGAGGACAACACAAGCCUCUCUUUGCAGAAGUAAAUUUAAAAAAUUCUAAUUAAAAAGUCGUGUUAAAUGUGGUGUCAUUGUUACAUUCAAUUUGCAAGUCAUACUGCAAAGCAACGUUUUAUCAAAUAUAAUGAAUUCAUAUCAAACAAGGUCCAAGUACAAAGCUUUCUACUUCAUUGUUCCUGUCGGUCAGUGUUUUUUGACCUUGAUUUUAUCAGUACAAACCUGAGGAACAGGUGGCUUCGCUCAAAAUUUAGGUUUCAUUCAGGUGGCCUCGCUUUAAUAUAUGGUGUAGUUUACUCAGGUUUAUAUAAUAGUAACAUUGACUCUUGUUCAGCAGGUUAUAUAUAUCAAUAGCACGAAUACAUGCCAAAGACCUCAGAGAAAACUUGAUGUUUUAGAAUUUCCUCCUAAAAUCCCUACAGUCUCUCCAUAUCGUGGUCUUUUCGCGCGACACUUCUAAGGAAAAAUUGUUUAGCAAAACUUGGCAGUGAAAACUCCAGUGGCUCUAAGUCGUUAAAAUGCAGAUAAAGUAAUUAUGAUGAUAAAAAACAAACGUUGCACUCCUAUUCCUCUACUUUUUUCGAUGACAAACUGUGUAUGUUAUUGCAUUUCCAUAUGUCAUACUAUGAAAGAUCGACAAUUCUUAUUUUCGUUUUAUUCUAAAUUUCAAUUCAGUCAACUUUGUUUAAAAACAACAUGCCAUCUGAGGUUGAAUUAAAGUUUCCUCGUGUUUCAUCGCUUUAAAGUUUUUUCUAAUUGAACUUUUAGCACAUUUUUGUAACAAUUAAAACAAAGAAACUUUAUUGUUGUAACUUUUUGUUUAAAACCAAUUACAACGCGUGUGACAUUACCCACUGCUGUUUGAAUAUCAUCGUAAACAAUAGAGUUGUCCUUGCAUAUUUUAAAAGAUCCUUAAGAAACCACGGGUUACACAGAAAUGCUGCAGUUUCACCGGAUCCAACAAGGCUGCAAGAUAUGUCCUCACGUGUAUUUGUUCAAUCCUGUUAAAGCUUCAAAGAGUUUAACUACCAAACUCUAACUAUUUGCGAAACGGCGAUCGAUUUCCGAACUGCAGUUCUCAUAAAGGACCGAAAUUUGCCUCGAAACAGAUCGUUCGUCGCGAGCCUGACUUCACACAGGAAACCUGAUUUAGGCGAUAAUUUACCAAGAGCAACUUACAUACUAUGACAAGUUUCAGCAACUUUUCAACUUUGUCCACUGAAAACUUCUCGACGACUAACAUUGAAAGCACAAGCAGUGGCGAGGCAAUAGAGUCGCAGGGUAUGGAAAUAGUUAAAAGCACGCUUUAUGCGACUUGUGGUGUCUUUGGUGUUGUCGGUAACAUCCUAACGACAAUUAUUUUGACGAAGAUCAAGGCGAAGGAAACGAGAGUAAUGGAUUUCUACAUGAUUAACUUAGCCAUAGCGGAUUUAGGAACUUUGCUCUUAGCAUUUCCAAUUACCGCGAUACGAGAGAGACUUCCGAAUGAUUGGCCAUUUGGAGAGUUUGUCUGCUUGUAUUUCCUUCCACUUACCGACAUAUUUCACGGCUCGUCCGUUUGGUUCAUUACAGCAGCUGCCAUAGAAAGAUAUCAGAAAAUUGCCAGGCCUUCCAAAGUAAACGUCAAACUGCCAAUAGCAUUGAAAAGAGCACAGAUCGUUGCAGUGAGCACAUGGGUGGCGUCAUUCGUCGUCUUUUCAUUACCGCUAUAUUUUGUUCUUCGCUACAGAGAGGUUUCUACCAAUGGAAGAUUUUGGUGUGGUUCAGAGUGGCCUUCAUUAGGCGCAGGCCUCGCUCUAUCCAAACUUUACUUUACUUUCAUCAUCUUUGUAUCUUAUGUAAUGCCACUAUUUGUAAUAUCGGGAACAUUCCUCGCAGUGUCGCACAAACUAAAUAAAAGCAGCAAGUUUAUCCAAGCUAUCAAUUCGCAACAUGAGAAAGACAGUGAAUUACUAAACUUACACAGUAGAAAGUUUAGCCCAACAAGAAGGCAUGCCAAUCGGCUCGCUCAAAACAGACGCGCUAAAUUGAUUUUAACACCAGUUGUUGGAGUGUUUGCUGUAUUCAUGCUUCCGCUGACAAUUCUUCGCCUAUGCGUUGUAUUUUGGCCCCCUAUUUUCACACAAACAUUUUACAGCGACUUGCUGUUUGUGGUUUCAGUUGGUGUUAUAAUCAACUCGUCUGUAAACCCGGCUAUAUACUCGGUGGUUAGGAAAGACUUCCGCCGCCAAAUGGUCCGAUUACUUUGCUGGAAGAGAAGAUCAUCGCGGGGCCAGAAGCAUAAUCGAGCUCUUGUUUCUGUCAAAUUGGAUCUCAAUCGGAUUUCUCGUUCUUGAAUCAGAGAUAAAAUGGAAUCGCGUUUAACUCGAAGAGUUACAUUCAGCUGCUUUAAGGAUUAAUUUGUUUAUUCUUUUCUUAAGCACGUUUUCGAUUGACGUUGUUUAUGGAGUGUAUUUUAUAAAAUAGCCAACGUUAUAGGGUACAGUUUUUAUUAAAGCAUUCAUCAUAUGUCACAAACGAGAAUUCAGCAUAACUCUGUUAUAUUUAUAAACUACUAGGAUUUGAUCUGAAAUAAAG